AGCUCGGGUUGAUGUUUAACCUGGGGAGCCCGUUCACCGAGAGGGGGGGAAUCUCUUCCCUGGCACACCUGCACCCCCCGCUGCUGGAGGAAAGCAGCUACCCCCAGCACAUGGAUGGCAACGGGAGCCUGAAUGGGAGCGAUGGUGGGCAGAAAGGUGGCCUCCCUUACCCCAUGUACACCACCUUGGCCCUCAUCACCCUCGCCACGCUGCUCAUGCUCGUCACCAUCUUUGGCAAUGUCUUGGUCAUCAUUGCCAUCUUCACCAGCCGAGCGCUCAAGGCCCCUCAGAACCUCUUCCUGGUCUCCUUAGCCUCGGCCGAUAUCCUGGUGGCCACCCUGGUCAUCCCCUUCUCUCUGGCCAAUGAGGUGAUGGACCACUGGUAUUUUGGCAAGGUGUGGUGCGAGAUCUACCUGGCCUUAGAUGUGCUCUUCUGCACCUCUUCCAUCGUGCAUCUCUGUGCCAUCAGCCUCGACCGCUACUGGUCCAUCACCCAAGCCAUUGAGUACAACCUCAAGCGCACGCCGCGCCGCAUUAAGAGCAUCAUUUUCCUCGUCUGGGUCAUCUCUGCGGUCAUCUCCUUCCCGCCCCUCAUCUCCAUCAUGAAACAGGGCGACCCCGACAGCCAGCAAGCGAAAUUGAAUGCGGAGAGCAAGGCACCCAGUUGCAGCAUCAACAAAGAGACGUGGUACAUCAUCUCUUCCUGCAUCGGCUCGUUCUUUGCUCCCUGCCUUAUCAUGAUCCUGGUCUACAUGCGCAUCUACCAGAUUGCCAAGAGGAGGACUCGGGUGCCUCCUGGCAAGAGAGCAGAGGCCAUGGAGAGGAGGCAGAAUGGUCUGGCAGAUAAGGAUGACAUGCCCGCCAUGACCAAGCUCAAUGGGGAGAAGGUGGCUGUGGCAGGAGGAAGCCAGGAGAGGGAAGAAGUCAACGGUAUAGACCUGGAGGACACCUCUUCAUCGGAACACAAUGAGACCCGUCAGAGUAGGAAGCAGGAGAGGCCGCAAAGGGGCAAGGGGAAGACCAAGCUAAGCCAGAUUAAGCCUGGGGACACUUUGCCAAACAGAGUUGAGGAGGAAAGAGAUGCGAAAGCUUCCCGGUGGAGAGGCAGGCAGAACCGAGAGAAACGCUUCACUUUUGUGCUGGCGGUUGUGAUUGGGGUUUUUGUGGUCUGCUGGUUCCCUUUCUUCUUCACCUACACAUUGACUGCCGUUUGUAAGAGCUGCCCUGUGCCCGAUACACUCUUCAAGUUCUUCUUCUGGUUUGGUUAUUGUAACAGUUCCCUCAACCCUGUCAUCUACACCAUCUUCAACCAUGACUUCAGGAGAUCCUUUAAAAAGAUUCUCUGCAGGAUAGACCGGAAAAGGAUUGUGUGAGGGAUGGACUCAAGUUUGUUUUCAAGACUUGUUUACGGAAGAGAGGCUCAGCUCUGGUUGGGCUUUGGAAGUGGGUGGUGUCUUUUCCAGUGAAUGACCUUUGACUUCUCAAAGACUUCAGGUGACUUUGGCCUUGGCCCAGGUGGAGAUGUUUCUGCCCAGUGAUGGAUCUAGAGACCUGUUUGUAGGUAUUGUUUCUAUACACUUACAGACUGGGCUUAUGGCAAACUGAAAUUAACUGAUUGGAGUGUGUAAGGGAAGCAACAAAGAUGAAAAUAUAAGUCAUAUAUUUCAGAAGCACUUUCUUUCUAUUUUUGCCCUUUGGACGAUAUGUCCCUGACGUCCAUGCAAAACUACAGUAUUGCAUCUUUGAGAUCUGUACUUCUUUAACUUUUGUAGGAGAAAGCAGCUUUGAAACCACUUUAAAUAUUUCUUGAGAACUUGAAAUAUAUGUGGGGUGGGGGAAAAAUAAUCAAAGACACAUCAGAAUGAACCUUCAGAGCCAUCUCAUCCAUCUUAAAAAUGACAGUAUUAAAUACCAAGAUUUCCAAUGUGGUGUUGGAUUUUUGGCUUUGUAAACUGUUAGCAUAAGCUCGACAAUGGCCAGUGUUUUAUUAUACACCCUAUAUGUAUUUUUUUCAAAAAAACACAAUGUUUAUGUUUUUUUGUUUAUGUAUGCAGUAUUGUUAAAAGGCUUUAUUUCCUCUUUUCCCAUCAGCUGAAAGAAACAAGCAUUAAAAGUUUCACAACCGAGAAGCAUAGUACCUCUCAAAAGGAUGAGCUCCUUUUAGAUUUGUGAUGCUGAAGAGCAACUGGGUUCUUAAAGGGUUAAGAUAAGGUGCUCUUCCCUUGACGUUACUCCACUGACUGCGUUCAAUGCUAACUUAUUUCUCCUACCUGUGACUGUAAAUAGAUAAAAUGAUAGAUGCAGCCUUUUUGCUUUACUUUACAGUGUUACCUGAUUUGCAUUGAUUGUUAACAUUUUCAUUUGUGCAGGGUGUCUGCACAAGAAAACCUCCUUUCAUGCACAAGGACAUUUCAGUGUGGAUAGGGAAUUUUUAAAUUAUUAUUAUUUUGGAGUAACCAUAAGCAUGUCAGCUUUCAUAUUUUUUUUUCUAAUUUCAAGUUUGGUUUAUAAACAUUUUCUUUGAUUUGUCCUAGAGAAAAAGCAAAUUACUGGUGUUAUUCUACACCACAUGGAAAAAAAACAUUCAUAGCAGCACAGGGGGGGAAAAGUCAAUAAUUGUGUUAAACAUCUUCCUGAUUCCACACACCCCACCAUCCCAGUCGAUGGCAAAUAACUUCCUUGUCUAAUAAGACAAACAUCCUGAAUAUGAUUAAAAGGGUGUGGGGUGGGAAGGCAAUCGGGGACAUCAUUUAAACAUUGUAAAAAGAGUAUUCGUUUAAAUAAAAACUGGUCAUGAUAGUUUCUGGCUGGUGAUGGUGGUUAAAAACACAUAUAUUCACAAUUCUAAGGUUACCCAAGUUCUUCCUUUAAGGCAAAUUUCUUAGUUGAAUUGGCCCUUUUAUUUAUUUAUUUUAAAUGUCUCCAUUCUACAGAGCACAACUGAUGCCCCUCCUUUCAGACCAGUCCUCUUCUGACUGUAGAAACAGGCAGCAAGUCUCAGCGCUGCCUCUUAGCUUUGAAUGUGACAGCUCUAUUCAGUGAAACAAAACAGCUGUCAGAUGUGAUGCUACAACCAGAGGAAGGGAAGCAGAGGUAGCCACUGAACGCUGAAAGUGUUACUUGUGCCCAGCUUUGAAAUGGUUUUCUCGCUGGAGAGCCUGCUAUGGCUAACAUUUCAAAUGCAGGAACUUCCUUUUAAAGCAAAGCAAUUUUCUAGGGAGAGGAGAUGGUGACCCUUCUGUAGAAGUGCGUACUAGUAUAUACAAAGUUGUGGUGUGUUUCUAAAGUGCUCAGGUGCACACAUGUUUACACAGCGGGACAUGCCAUCGGCUAUGCCAGCACAGUGCCACAAAACGACAAGCUUAACAAUGGCAUUGCAAACCUGUUGCAAAGAUGACUCAUUUUAGCAACGCAGGGAGAAAAUGCUAAGAAAUGAACCAGGGGUUUGGGACUGGUAUUUGUAUUUCCCUUCCUUCUCCCCCCUUUAACUGUGUGAUAAUACUUCUUGCAGAAAGAUGCAAUUAUAAAGGCCCCACCAUUAUAACCUUUGUGAUUUCUCCCGCUCAUUGCAGCUACUAAAAUCUGAAACAUCUGAGUCUUAAUUAUUCGCUCUUUGCUAGAGAAAGAAGAGGAUUAGACACGGGAGGAGUUUUAUUUCCGUUUUAGGCAAACUGCCUGCAUUGUGGCUCUGUCCGAUGAUGUCCUGUGCUAGUUGAAUAAGGUACCUCAUUUGGGGCACAUUAUGUCUUCUCUCAUGGUUUCAUAGGAGUGCUCAGGGCAGAUUGGCCACUUCUGAGCUGGGGUAUUAGUCUCUAGCAGAUUCUGUCUGGCAAGGAGUUCAGUGGUCGUUCGAUUGGAAAGGACAGUCUGGAGAGGACAGUCUGGUGUCCAUCACUCGGAAGGUGGUGGACUCUCCUUCAUUGAAAGUUUUUAAACAGAGUUUGGGUGGCAUCAGGGAUUCUUGAGUUUGGAUGGCAUCUGUCAGGGGUUCUUUAGCUGUGAUUCCUGCAAUUGCAGGGGGUUGGACUAGAUGACCCUCGGGGAUCCCUUCCCAACUCUAUGGUUCUGUGCUUCUUCAGGAUUCCAGAGCAGGCACAAAGCUACAAGGCACAAGUCCAGAAGAAGUUAGAAGUGCUUAAGCCUUAUUUAGCUGGCGCACCAACAUUGUCUCUAGCCUGUACACACAUGCCUGCAAACUGAUUUCUUAUGAGUGCGGUGUAGCUUAAAUGUAUGUAUGGAGCUCUAGUUCAAAUGUGGAGCUUCCCUGCCCAUCAAAGCUGCUCUGCUGUUUUCAGUGGGAGAAGGAAUCCUGCAUCCCCAUUGGUUUGCACAUACUGAUGUUCUCCUUCCAUUGGCAUUUACAGGGCCAGAGCCAUGUCCAGAUGUGUGGUAAAGCACUCAUGGGACUCUUCUUUCACUCAUGGCAGAAUAAAUCACAAUUUUUCAGACAGCCAGUCUGAAGUAGCAUAACUAAGAAGUUAACUGACCGUUGCCAGAGGAUUCUUUUUUGAAGAAUUGACUAUUUUUUAGGAUUUCAAUAGUAAGUAUGCAUUCAUGAAACAAAUGGAUAAUAUUUUACAUUGGGGAUAAUACUGAUUUUUCUGGAAUGUGUUUUUGAAACUUUAAUUGCACCUGGUACAACCACCUCAUCGAUGCAUUUUUUUUGCUUUUUAAGAGAAUGAUACCUGUAAACAGAUAUGGCCAUAAUGUUUUUUUUAUAUAUAUAAAUAAGAAUAAAAAAGUUUACACAUCAAAAAGCAUGUUACAUCUCAACUUGUCUGUAUUUUCAGCCAUUUCCAGGUUUUAUGAACUUACAUGGAAAUGGGAAACUGACCUUUUAAAGCACCUGCUGAAGUCACCUCUUGUAGUUUGCAUAAGUCAUUGUUAUGCCUCAUGUUAAUGUGAACAAUGGUCUGCUUCAUUGCGCACCACUGACAAACAAGCCUUUGAUAUUAUUUUGCUUUCUUCUUUCCUGGCACAGCAAACCCAUUCAUGUACCUCUUAAAGAACAAGGAUUAGGGCUUACUGUGUGGGCAAUUUAUCCUUUGCCUAUUCAAGCUGGCCGAGUUUUCCAACUCCCUUCUCUCUUUCUCUCAAGUGAAAUAUUGUGUCCAUGUAGUAUUUACAAGCCGCUGACAGACUGUUGACUAACUAGGUUACAAGUGCAAGAAGAAGCUAUUAAGAGUAGGAAGAAAAGCAGUAACUGAAUUCUACCGGGCACCUGCUAGUGCUGGGGAAAGGCACAUUCUCACAAUGCUGGGAGACUGGAGCUCAUGCUAGAGCAAGCCAGAAAAGAUUGCACCUGCUCAGAAAUAGAUAACAAAGCCAUAAAUGGGGCAAAGGCAGCAAUUUGGGUUUUAUCAUUGAUUCCUGGGGAUUUCCCCUGCAAUAUAUAUUACUGUGAAUAAUGGAACAGGAAUUUUAUUAAUGUGGCAAAAGAUUUGGGCUUCUGCCUUUGUCAGCUUCUCUGAUAAAAAAAAUGAUCAGAAGCUGAAACAUUUCGCUACAUAGAUAAAAUCUCUGUAUUGAUUAUCACAGUAACACACACACACACACACACACACACACACACACACACACACACAUUUUUGUGAUUAACCAAAUUCCAAAAGGGACCCAGAGGAAGCAUGUGUGAAGUGCUGUUUGAUUAUCC